AUGGCAGCCGCAACCCGACAACGAUCGCGAGCAUUCCCUAAGAAGACCGGUCUCUCCGCAGCCGGUGGGCUCAGGGCUGCAGCCUGCCUCGAGUCAGCUUUGCGCAGCCAUGCAGCGGGCUCGGGCCCCGACUUUCAAGAGAUCGGGGAAAUCUCUCAGAAACCUGGCUUUGGUGCUGCUGUGCGGGCUCUUUCUGUGGAUGUUUUCGGCCACGGCCCUCUUCGUACAACGGCCUGUGUCGAAGAGGCGGAAGCUACCAAGGACCUGCCAGAACUCAAUCGCUCGGUUAUCGUGGCAACUCUUGAGGUGACGAUGCGUGACGCAGUUGCGAGCUCGGACGUGAGCGACCCGGCAUCGCGAAGUAUCGGUCGUGAUGUGGUCUUCAUGGAGCGGCUCCGUGGCUUGGCCCGCGAGGCUUUGGCCUGGCCGUUCCUCGAGGAUAAGCAGCGACUUCUGUGGGCUGCAGUUUUGGAAUUCGAUGCCGUGCCUACGCAGGACGGACACGAUGAGACAGUGAAACUUCACGGGGAGUUGCCGCCCUGGUUCUUCGAACGGCACAACUUCACGCGUCGGCAUCUAGGAGCGGACCUCUUCAGCUUGGACGGCGAGCGGGCGAUUCUUUGUCGGGCUGGGAACGCCACCAGCCAGGAUGUGAAGCGGUUCCUGCGGACAGCCAAGUGCUUGUUUGAGGCCCCGUGCUGCACUCUCUGGACGCUCUUCGGCUGCACAGUCUCUGCCGACUCCCAGAAGUGGCUGCGCGACUACGGCGGUCAGCGGAACGUAGUGACCAAGAAGAGCUUGCGCCAGCUAUGCCGCGAUGCCGUUUCAAGUCUGACAUCUGGCCACACUCCCACUGCUGGUGGCCACCUCCCGGAUCCACCGCUGCGACCCUGCCAGGAGGCGUGCCUGGAAGCGUGUGCCAAGGGAGCCCGGGUCAUUGAGAUGGCCUGCGGGACCGGGAAGACGCGCGUGAUCUGCGAGCUGGCGGCGAAGCAACCCGGGAAGGCGGCGUCCUUCAGCUUCUGUGCCCAGGUCUUGAUCAUCGUCCCCUCCCGGGUGCUCCUGGAGCAGUUUGCUCUGGAGAUGCCUGGCCUCUGCAAAGUGGGAACCAGCUACAACGACAAAAUCAAUAUGGCAUCAACGGGCUUUAUCGCUGUGACUGAUUCAGUGCAUCUGCUGCAGAAGCUGGUGUUUGAAGCCGUCUUUUUCGAUGAGGCCCAUCAUCCCCUUCCACCAAAAAUGCCUGACUACAACAAGCUUUUCAGGUUCUCGGCCACGCACAAGAAAAAUGUCGAUUUUCGGUACAGCCUCGGCCAAGCUAUUGAUCAGGGGGUGCUGUGCGACUACGACCUUACCGUGCCCGUGACGACCGAAGGGCAUCCCUACAUUUGCCUCGCGAACCUGCUGCUAUCGCAACAGGGGCGGUUUCGGCACGUGCUAGCAUACUGCAAUUCCGUUGCUGAAGCCAAGCGGUUCCAGCAGGUGCUGGAGACGGUUGGGGUAGCAUCGUGGCACAUCAACGCACGUACCAGCCGAAAAGUGCGAGAGCGAGUGAUGGACGAGUUUUCGGGUAAACUGCAGAAGGCCGUGCACGUGCUGGUGACGGUUCAGGUGUUGGGAGAAGGUGUCAACAUUCCGACUGCCGACACCUGCAUGUUCGUUGAGCCCAGAAGUAGUUACGUGAGCAUCAUUCAGGCCGUCGGGCGGGUGCUGCGGCCUCAUCUUUCGAAACCUCUGGCUCACAUCGUGUUGCCUGCGAUUGUGACGCCUGCCGCGCCGGCCACCCCUGGAAGUGCUCAAGUCGGCUUGAGCGACAUCCGUGUCGCCACGAACAGAACUGAGGACAUGUCACCAUGUUUGGUGACUUCAUCCGGGCCAGCCGGACUGUCACCCUCAGCAGGUGGUUGUGAGGAUGCGCAGGAUGUCCGAGUCCAGGAAUCGUCGACAUUGCGGGCACAGAUAAUGCCUCAUCAAGGAGACAGCGACGGCAGCAUGGCGAGUGGGCCGACCAUCACCGACAGCUCUCUCCGGCAGCUAGAGCAAGUUUCUGCGCGUUCUGAAAUGCAAAGCCGUAAUGAGCGGUUCAAGCUGCGGCGAGGCGACCUUGCAAAGACUAAUGGUGCGAGGCCUCGCAGGAUUCACGAGGGGAGUUGCACCGAUGGCUGGGGCGAGUCGCUUUCGGCCUCGAGGCUGCAGCGGUAUGAAGGCAGGCGCGGCGCGGUCAGCGAAGCGAACGGUGGCAGCAACAGCAGAGCGAAACCACAAGAUCGCGGGUCUUGUGCACCAGCCGUAAUUGAGAGCCUGGAUGGUGUGGAGAUCGCCGACACGUCGCUUGAUGUUUGUGACGGUUGGUUGGUACAUGACUCAGAGCAGCUCGAACAGGCACGGCGCUCUUCUGGGGAGCCUGCAGCCGUCUUCGUAAGCGAGUGUGCCAGCCCGCGAAGCAGUGCAACGUUUACGAGGUCGGUGGUCCAUCAAGCCGGUCCCGCUUCGUUGAAGUUGGGCCCUGCACGAUCACGGGAGCGCCGCCAGCAUGCGCAGCUUCACUCGCCACCAGCCAGACAAACCUCCGCUUCACGAAAACUGAAGGUGACGACGGCCACCCAUGACAUGAGCAGCAUGGUGUGGCGUGGAAACACCGACCAGCUUGGCAGGUUCCUCGGAGCAAUAGCAAAGGCGGAUCGUCGAUUUGCUGCCGACGAUGCCUGGCAUUUGCAGUCUCGUUUCUGGGUGACGGACUGCAGGCUGCAACACGCUAUGAUGCAGCAUGUCUCCGAUCGCAGUGUCCAGUAUCGGCUGGCUUUGAUCUUGCAGCAGUGUGAUUCCUGGGAUCUGCGGUUGCAGGAAGCUGAGCAAUUCGUGCUCGAUCAUGGCAGGCUUCCGCGUGAGACCACGACUGAGCUCGAUGAGUCACGGCUGGCAGUGUGGCUGCAGCAAGUGGGUGUCAAGUUCAAGAAGCAGUUGCUGCCUGCUGCCAGGAUGCAGAAGCUGCUGAACUCUUCCUGUGGCAGGUUGGUUGCUCGCGUUGCAAAAUGGCUAGAUCCGGAGACACCCUUUGAGCGAUGCUUGAAGCAGCUGCGGCAGUUCGUUCGGGCUCACCACCGCAUGCCGAAACAUAGUAACACGGUUCACGACGAGAACGCUUUGGUUCGAAAGUUGAGCCGACUGGUAGCACGUGGGCAGUUAGACCGUGAGAGGCGCCUCCGGCUGCUGGACAAGGAGGGUCCCAUCGUUGCGAGGUGGGUGAUGUCACAGCGAACACGAAAGCGAUCAAUCAACGAGAACAAAUGGAGGAACCGACUCCAGAUUCUUGUUGAGUUCGUGGAGACACACGGUAGGAUGCCGCGAGCGAGGCGUGCGGAGGAGAAGGCUAUGUCCGCUUGGUCUUGCAGACAGCGGAGACAACUGGACAACCUGCCGGCCGAGUUCCAAACUGCAUUGUUCGACUCCCAUCCAGUGGUUGUUCUGCUCUCUCACUGCCUUGAUGGGCAAAAGCCCAUUCCUCCAUUCGAGGUGGGCAAGGAGUACCUGCAGGAGAACUCGGCAGAGUGGAAGGAUAGAUCCGAAAAGUUGCGGCGGCUGCCUGGAGAGAUCUGGACGCUGCCAUCGGAUCAGGCCGAAGAGGAGAUUUGCCCUCUCAUGGUGCCGGAGGUCGAAGAUCUGCUGCAGCGUCCGAUGGAUUGGUUUGGCCAGAUCAGCCGGAGUGUGAGCAACUUCGGCGCAAAGCGAUCAGCUCCCACGUCUCCGCGAGCGAAGUCAGACGACGAGCGUUUGAGACCGACCUCACCACGUUCAGAACCUCGCUGA